AGGUGAAUGAAGCUUCAAUGGAGGAGGAAAGGAUGCGCGCGACGGCGCACGCGCCACACCCCCGCCUUCAAUUAAAACAUCUCAGGGUUCGUCUGAGUGCGAGCGAAGAUGGCGACAGAGUGAAGGAGACCACGGGAAGAUGACGAGCCCCCUACAGACAAACAGAUACCGCUGUUCAACCCGCUGCCUCCGAGAUGCCCGCGAAUGAGUGAGAUUCGGUAGGGUACGAUGUGUUGUCAAGGCGAUGCGGGGUAGCUGAUAGGGAGUCUCGCGGCAUGUGCUUUAUCAUGCACUGUCUCCGUUAUUCAGACGCAGGUGUCUUCGGCGCAGAUUAAUUUUGAACAUCAGGUGAAAGAGAUGCUUCGGGCCAUCAUGUAACCGUCGCGGUGGGCAACGUCACGGGGGAAAUAUUGCGGAGGAGACCCGCCCGUGUGAGCUCGCGCCUUUGUCUCCCCCUCUAAAAUAUGGUCACGGGCGCCCGGCGGUGUGGAAGGAAACUUGACGCCGAGGGAGAAACCUGCUGCCCGACCGAACCGAUCGACAAGCCCUGCGCGGAGCCCGAGAAGGUGCAGAGAUGGCGCAUGAGCAUCGCGUCGCUGCUCUUUUUCACGGCGCUCUUGUCCGAUCACCUUUGGCUUUGCGCGGGAGGCAAGCCGCGUUCACGAGACCGGACUCACCGACGAACGUGGAGCAACGCGAGUCACGACGCCCAGACGGGCCUGCGCGAUGAGGACUGCGGGGUUAUCUUGAGCAACCUUACUGAAAACAGACCGGAGUGCGUGGACGCUGACGCGCGUCGCCGCGAGCCGCUGGAGUCCGCGUGCUCUACGCUUUACCGGCAGAAAAACAGCUCGGUGAGCUCCUCCUAUUCUGUGCCGGUGCCCACGGUGUCGCCGCACGCGGUUUUAGAGUACUUCCGGAACUUUAGCUUGUCCUUUUGCGACGUGAUAACAAUAGCGGACCUGCUUGAGAACAUGGCCAGUCCGAAGGGACUGAACUGCAGCCUUGGCAAUGUCAUUCGUGACCUGUUCAGCGGUGGACCGGAGGACGGGGACGUGUGUAGUGCUUGUGUUCACGAGUACGUCCUGCUCGACCAACAUGCUCAGGAAAAAUAUGAAGACUUUGACAACCUUACGCGCAAAUACAUGGUUGAUGACUACUCAGUGCGCGCGGAAACGCACCUGUGCCAGACAGUGUAUAAAGCCUGGCUUUGUGCGGAAUUUUUUCCGGUUCCCCAGCGGCAGUGCGAAAGGUGGCUCCCAUGCAAAUACUACUGUGGUGAGGUCACAGCCAGCUGCCCCUUCAUCCUACCUGACAAUGACCGUCUGCUGUAUGCCGGCCUGCCCAGCUUUCUCUGCGCAGGGUUGCAAGAGGAGUACUUCACCAGUCAGGGUCCAGAGUGCUGCGAUGUCAGAUGGAGCGGCUGUGACUCGGCCGUAGGGGCUGCGUGCGCCCUGUCACGCCUCCCGGGCUCGUUUUCUUUGCAUAGGAGGUUAUCUUCAGGAGCAGUGUCGUAUACAAAUCGUCUUCACGGCAGUAAAUUAAAACUGUGUGUUCUUGUUCUCUUCUUAUUACACACUGUCAUCUCCAUAACAACUUUGCAGCAUUGCAAUACUGGCUCCUUGGAGAACUUUGUACCUCUAGAAGACGUUACUGUCAGAGAGGAGUAGAAAAACUGUUACGGCUCCCCCUUCGUUGGAAGACGCAAAUGAUAUAAACGUGUUAUUCGUCUGCCGUACGACUCGUGACAAAUGCCUGGAAAACGCGGAAAGUCUCACCACUGCCGAAGUUUGUCAGUGCUUGUCUUCGGGAGUUAGAACAUGUGGCCUGAUCAGAGCACGUGUGUGUGUAUCCGUGUGUGCGCACGUCACUGUGUUCGUUUGUUUGAUCAAGAGCGUGUUUUUUCUGUUUCUCGAUGGUUCUUUUGUUUUAUUAGGAUUAACCCCAUGUGUUAUACGAGAAUGACAAUCUUGUUUUGUUUUAGACAACGUUCUUGAGAACAACAGUGAAUGUAGGAAGAAUGUAUGGGCGACAUUGUUACAUUUUUCCUCAAAUAAAAAACUACAUUGAUUAA